AUGCCGAAGUUUGUGCCGCGGCAACGAAAACAUAAAGUGUUAGUCAGGGAGAAAAAGCCGACCCAAGCGCGAGACUCAAAUGUCACCGAAAUCCAACCAAUUUCGAAAUCGGAGAGGGAAGAGAAGAAAAGAAUACUGAGAGAAGAAUUAGCAGCUCAACAACCGAAAAUUUCUGGCAAGAAACAAAAGCGUUUGGACAAGUAUAUUGAAAACAAACUCAAGAAAGACGAAAAUCAAUUACUUAUCAGGAAACUUGCUAAAUCAAAGAUAGAUACUACUCUGCUCCAGAGUUCGCGAGAUCUACGCAAAAAUAAGAAAAAGGUGCAGAAACGUGGCAUUCAUCCUCCAGAUGACGCGGAAAGCUCAUUUAAGGCGCUUGGAGACUUUGUCUCUACCGAAGAGACUGAUUCUGAGCGCGAGGAUACUUCGGUAAAGAAUACUGCAAUCUGCACCGGGGUCCCACCUGAGAAUGUACAGCUCGGAAGCGGCUUGAAGCGGCCCUUGGAGAUUGGCGCAGAUGGUUUUCCUAUACUCAAAAAAAGGAAGAAGAACAAAACAAGGCUCAAACAGGCACCUAAUCUAGUUGAGGAGCCUGAAUGGGAAGGAUUUGGGUCAGAAGAUUCAGCAUUACUACCGGUUGAUAGCAAGGAGAAAAGUUCUAGUCCAGGGGGAAGUAGUGGUCAUGCUGAAUCAUUUCAAGACGGCGCAGCCUCGGGUAGCGAGGGCAAUGAUACCGAAACUUCUACAUCAGAACUUGACGACACAAGCAAAAUCGGCCCUAGAAAAUCUACAUUCAAAGCUUGGGCUGUUCAACAAAUAAACGAGGCUGUCGGCUUUGUCCCUACGCAACAUGUCGCUGGGCCGGUUCCGGAAAAGGUUCUUCGAGCAUUUAAGAUAACCCAACAUGCGACUCCAGAUGAGGCCGAACCCCUGCCCCCUGAGCUUCUAACAACAAACCCAUAUAUCGCCAGAAAAGCGUUUUCCGUUCAAGUUAGCCGUCCCGAUGACAUACAAGAGGCUCGUCUAAAAUUACCGGUUGUUGGUGAAGAGCAGAAAAUUAUGGAAGCCAUACACAACAAUUCAUCCGUUGUGAUAUGGGGAGCUACCGGAAGUGGAAAAACCACUCAGCUUCCGCAGUUUCUGUUUGAGGCAGGCUAUGGAAAUCCCGAUAGCAACACUCCAGGUAUGAUUGGUAUCACGCAGCCAAGGCGUGUCGCGGCUGUAAGCAUGGCAAAUCGCGUGGGAGUGGAACUGGGUGAAUUUUCUGAUCGGGUCUCCUAUCAGAUUCGGUUCGAUAGCACUGUGUCUGCCAAAACAGCCAUAAAAUUUAUGACUGAUGGUGUUUUAAUACGAGAAAUAGCUCAAGAUUUCUCACUUUCAAAGUACUCGGUCAUUAUCAUUGAUGAAGCACAUGAACGCAGUGUCAAUACUGAUCUGCUCAUUGGCAUGGUAAGUCGAAUUGUGGAUUUACGGAAAUCUAUGAGUGCGGAUACACCUUCAAUCAAGCCGCUCAGGUUGGUCAUAAUGUCAGCGACAUUACGCAUAUCUGAUUUUAUUCAAAACUCCAAUUUAUUCAAGCAUGGCCCACCACCUCUGGUACAAGCGGAAGGGCGCCAAUAUCCUGUUACUGUUCACUUUGCGCGCCGCACCCAUCGGGAUUAUAUUGAAGAAGCAUACCGAAAGAUUUGUAAAGGCCACCGAAAAUUACCUGCAGGCGGAUUCCUUGUCUUUUUGACUGGCCAGGGCGAAAUAAAACUGUUAGCAAAACGUCUAAAUCAAGCAUUAAAAUCGACCCAUACUCCAAAUAGUUCCCAAGGAAAAGUUCGCAUAUGCCCUGCAGAAGCACCUCUCGAAGCUGACGACAUUGCAUUUGGUGAGGAAAACUUAAAACUGCAAGGAGAAGAGGAAGACGCCGAGAGCGAUAUUGAAUUUCGGGGUCUAGACGACGACGGUGAAGAUGAGUGGGAUGAAUUCGAUCAAGAAGAAGGACCAAUGGACUCGGGGACCCAAGCCCAUAUUUUGCCAUUAUACUCCCAAUUACCCACAAAGGAACAGCUUAAAAUAUUUGAGCCAGUACCAGAAGGCUCCCGAUUAAUAGUCCUAGCGACAAAUGUUGCGGAGACGAGUUUAACUAUUCCUGGAGUCAGAUACGUGUUUGAUUGCGGUCGUUCUAAGGAGAAACAGUACGAUAUCUCCACUGGCGUGCAAAGUUUUCAAAUAGGAUGGAUCAGUAAAGCCAGUGCAAGCCAGCGUGCCGGACGAGCAGGAAGAACCGGGCCAGGCCACUGCUAUAGGCUAUAUUCUUCAGCGGUAUUUGAGGACGCAUUUGCAGAAUAUACUGAGCCGGAAAUUCUUCGAACCCCGAUUGAAGGCGUCGUUCUACAAAUGAAAAGCAUGGGAUUGCACCACAUUAUCAGUUUCCCAUUUCCUACACCGCCCAACCGCACUGCACUUACGAAAGCCGAGAGCUUGCUAAAAUACCUGGGUGCACUGGGAACUGAUGACCAGGUGACAGAGAUAGGCCGACACUUGACACUGUAUCCGCUGAGCCCAAGAUUCGGGAAAAUGCUUCAUAUAGGGUACCAGCAUGGCUGUAUGCCAUAUGUUAUUGCAAUGGUUUCAGCUUUGGCUGUUUCAGAUCUAUUUAUUCAAGAAAGUCAACUUGAUCUUUCGCCGCUGCCAAGGGAUACGGAACAUCGAAUUUAUACAAAUACUGAUCGGCUUGAAGAUACCGCUAGAGAGCAAAGGAAAAGAGCGUAUCACAAAGCUCAUCGUAUUUUUGGUAAAUAUGACGAGAAAGCGGAUGCUUUGAAAUUCCUUGCUGCCGUAUGUGCCUAUGCUUAUGCGACGAAUGGGGAAGCCUUUUGUUCUCAAAUGUUUGUUCGCCAGAACGCAAUCAAAGAAGCUUCGCAGCUCCGGCAACAAUUGACUGGACUCGUUCGUUUGAACACCCCAAGUCUCCUUGGCUCUUUUGAGCCCUGCCUACCAGAGCCUUCAGACAAACAGCUGCGAGCGCUGAAACAGAUAACAGCAGCUGGGUUUAUUGACCAGAUAGCCAUUCGUGCAGACGCCGCCCCAGUUCCACCUGCGAUGGAACGGAAGCCAAAAAGAGCCAUUGACGUCCCCUACUUCACUCUCUUUGCAUCUCGCGAGGGGCGUGCGAUAGACCUAGAUGAGAAGGCGGUUUACCUUCAUCCAUCGUCGUGCUUAGCCAGGCUAUCGCCCGCAGAACUUCCUCAGUAUUUAGUCUACUCUCAUCUCCAACAAUCGACUACGACACAUGUCGGGGACUCGCCUAAAGUGCGCAUGUUCCCCCUAACACCAAUUAGUGGUUUGCAACUCUCGGCCCUUGCGCAAGGUACUCCGUUGAUUCAAUAUGGGAAACCCAUUGGGAAAACUGAGACUUUAGGUGGUAUUCCUGAAAGGAGAGAAUGCUGGGUUAUCCCUUCACUGGUUGGGGAGCCGGGGAGCCACGGAUGGCCACUUCCCGCAAAGAAAGUGGUCCAAAAGAAGGAUAGAAAAGAAGGGUGGGUUAUUGAGCGGUUUGUGUAA